AAUGAAAAGGUCGCAAGUGGCAUAAAUGAUAACAAAGGAACAUUUGAAGGUCAUUUUGGGGAGAACACAACCUCCACACGUGUGCGUCUUCUUCAACAAGUUUUCUCUCGAACUCGCACAAACCCCACAAACACUCUCUCCUCUCUCUCAGGUCAGCGAAGAACAGUACCUAGGGUUUCGCAUCUGAUUUCACCGAUUUCGGAACAAGGCUCAAGGAGGAGGAUUGGACUUGCUAAGGAAAGGAGUGGUCUUUACCACAUCGAAUCAUCUCAGAAAACUAGAGCAUUGUCAUUUUAAUUGAAAAAAUGGAGCUGAGUAACAUCAAAGAUGCAUUUGAUCGUGUUGCCAAGAAGCAAAAAUUAUCAUCAUCCAAAUCCCAAGAAGUAAUUGACCAAGUUGGCCGUGAAAUUGAAGAUGCACUGGCAAAACUCCAGGCUGACCCUGCCUCUUCUGUGGAUCAGAAAUGCAUCCUUAUGGAGCUUAAAACCAAACUUAGCAUAAUUGGCUCACAAAGCCAGUUGGAAGGGUCACAGAAGGAGCUCAACAUGAACCUUAGCAAGUACCCCAGACUCCUUGAGAAAUCCUUCAAUCCUGACAUAUCUAAGGCAUACAGAAAUGUUGACUUCGAUUUCCAUACAGUGAAUCAGAUCAUUGCAAGCCAUUUUUACCGACAAGGAUUGUUUGAUAUUGGGGAGUGCUUGAUAAAUGAGGCUGGAGAACCAGAGGACACCGCCCUAAAAUCUCAAUUUCUGGAAAUGUUUCAAAUACUUGAUGCUAUGAAAGCUAGGGACCUCGAGCCUGCUCUGAACUGGGUGUCCAAUAAUCGGGAAAAACUAAAGCAGAAUGGUUCGAAUCUUGAGCUGAAGCUUCACAGGCUGCAGUUUGUGGAAAUUUUGCAGAAAGGAGGGCGAGCUGAUGCACUCAACUACGCUAGAACUUACCUUGCUCCUUUUGCAUCACUUCACAUGGAUGAGAUCCAGAAGCUUAUGGCUUGCCUCUUAUGGGUAGGAAGGCUUGACAGCUCCCCAUAUUCCGAGUUAAUGGUUCCAUCCCUUUGGGAGAAAUUGGCUGAGGAGCUGACCCGCCAAUUCUGCAGUCUCUUGGGGCAGUCUUAUGAGAGUCCAUUGAGUGUGGCAAUAGCUGCUGGGAUUGAAGGCUUGCCUACUCUCUUGAAGCUGGCAAAUGUAAUGGCUGCGAAGAAGCAGGAGUGGCAGGCAAUGAAACAGUUGCCAGUACCAGUGGAUUUGGGUAGGGAAUUCCAGUUCCACUCUAUAUUCGUCUGCCCAGUGAGUAGAGAUCAAGGCAGUGAAGAGAACCCACCUAUGCUGAUGCCGUGCGGCCAUGUUCUCUGUAAGCAAUCAAUCAUGAAGCUGUCCAAGAGCAGCACCCGCAUGUUUAAGUGUCCAUACUGUCCGAAUGAAUCUACUGUUGGGCAGUGCAUGCAACUCUACUUCUGAUUCCAGUGCCCUUUCUGGGCUCUCUCGCUUUCUCUUACUCUCUCUCAUGGACUCCCAAAAUAUGUUCUGGCAGGUGUGUUGGUGGUGCUAGUUGUCUGGGUGUACUGGUAAGCGUGGAUUUUACUCGUAUGUAAAUAGAAAUUCGUUCUAAAUUCAUGUUCUAAUUCUUCAAGUACAAUUCUGUUUCAUAAAAACUAAACUUGUUUUCACAUGAAACCAAGGUGUUGUGAUAUUAGUCUGACGAUAUUGCUUCAUUUACCAUGAAA